AUUUAAGAUAUUUAGUGUUCAGAAUUUCAGUUUAUUUACAAUUGUGUCUAAGUUGCGAUGUCUUCUGGAACUCCGGUUGAACUAUUUGAAGAAAAACUACACACCGUGUAUCCUUAAUUCAGUAAUAUAAGUUACAUUAAAUUAUAUAAUAAAUAUAUUUAUCAUGUCAUUAUAUAGAUUUAAUAUUAGUUCUCUGUGUCGCAAUUACUCCCAAGCUGCCGCUGCUGUUUCUAACAAGUCCCAUCCUUAUAGAGAUGCUGUCGAUCAAAAACUUCCCUCUUUUGCGAAAAGUUUAUAUGUAGGAAAUUUUGUAAAAGCAGUGUUUGCAAGAAAUACUAAACAAAUCAACUUACCGAAAUUGGAUAAACUCUUCAGUGUCUGUGUGCCCAAAGAAUUUGGAGGUUUAGAACUGUCUUCGGCUUUAAUUUCGGAAGCUUAUAAGCAAAUUAAUUUCGCUGACUUUAGAGAAUAUAUUGCUCACGGUAAUGUUGUGAAGUGCAUUAAUACGGCCGGAACAGAUGAACAAAAGAGACAAUUUUUACCUCAACUGGCUUCUGGUGAAAGUAUUGCAUCAUUUUGUAUUUAUGAAAGCAAACAUGGAUAUGAUAUUCAAAACAAUGAAACUAAAGCCUCCCAAAAAAAUGGAAAAUGGGUAAUAAAUGGCUUAAAACAAUGGGUAGUGAAUGGUGAACGUGCCGAUAUGUUUUUAGUACUUGCUAAAACCAUGGAUGAAUGCAAUCGUCCAGAGAGUGAACACAAUUUUUUUACUGCUUUUUUGGUUAAAAAGUCACAAAAUAGUGGCAUUAAAAUUACUGCUGAAGGAAAUUACUUCAAUGUGACAUUCAAUAAUGUUGAAGCUGAUUGUAUAUUAGGAUCUGAAAAUGAAGGCCUUAACUAUUAUACAAUAUUAUUCAAUGGUGAUUUAUUGGAAUCUUCUUCUGCUACAUUAGGUGAGGUAAAAAGUAUUGUUCAAAAGGCUUCUAAACAUUUCCAUACCCAUGAUCGAUCCAGUUUGAUCAAACUAGGAAAGCUUAAUAGCCAUUUGUACACUAUGGAGUGUGUUCUAGAAUUUACUAGUUUAAUAUUAGAUACUUAUAACCCUAAAAGUGACUAUGAGCUGAUUCUCACUCGUUUGUUUGUAAACGAAACAACACGUAGUUGCUUAAAAUUGUUAAAUGACUUGGGUCUAUCUAAGAAGUCAUUUAAAUAUAUUGAAAACUCGUUAUUAUUUGAAGGUAGAUCAAAUUUAUUACCAGUUGUUGGUUCACUUCUUGGCAUUCAGUAUGCUGGACAAUUUAUGGCAGAAGAUGUGAAACAAUUAAGAAAUCCACUUAUGUUCCCUAAGUAUACAUUAAGUCAUAUUAUGAAAAUUCAACGUUCAUUGAAAGAUAAACCAAAAUUGAAUCAUUACAUUGAGAAGUACUUGCAUCCAUCACUGAAGAAACAGGCAGUGGACCUAGAGUAUUGCUUAAGUAGAUUUCAAUUUGGUGUUCAGAAUAUGUUUGUCAAUCUUGGCCCAGAUACUUGCUAUUACCAAAUGAUACUUGAAAGGACUAACAGUAUUGCUAUGGAUUUGUUUGCUUUAGCAGCUGUGUUACAUAGAGUAUCUCAAAAGCUUUCUAAUUCAAAUACACAGCCAUAUCCUACAGAAUUAAUUUUUGCCAAUGUAUUUUGCAACAGUAUCCGUGAACAGUGCAGUCAAAGAGUUAACGAAAUACUAAAUGCUCCACACAACGUGGUGGAUCCACAUUAUAAAAUUAUUGGCCAAAAUUGUUUUAUUGAGAAAAAUUAUUUCUUUGAACAUCCUUUAAAAAGAAAUAUUUUUUAAUUAAUUUGUCAUCAAAUCCAAUAUAGUUAUGUUUGUAUAAAAUUUAACUGAUUGUAUUAUAUGUUAAUGUUACUAUCUAAUUAUCUAAUAAAAAUAAAUUUUUCCUAAAUAAUAAUAUCUCAGAACUCUUAAAUUUGAUGCUGGAACUCCUCAUCAAGCUAGAGCUAUCUAUCAUGCUAUUAGAGUAGAAAAAGAGCCAAAUAAUUCUGUUAAAAGAAUUUGUGAUUUUGCAGAUAAAUUUGUUAGUGUAAAACUUGAAUCUACAGAACUUAA